AUGGUGUGUUGGAAUUGUAGGGGAGUAUCAAGUCCUGAUACCACCUCUAGAAUCUUAUAUCUUCUGAAGAAGCUCAAACCGGCCAUCUUUUGCCUAGUAGAAACCAGAGCUAAUGACAACCGUCUCCAAAGAUUUUGUUCUAAAAUCAAAGAUCCGUGGAAAUGGGUGGCGGUGCUCGCAGAAGGGUUCUCUGGAGGCAUCAUCAUUAUUUGGAACAAAAAUAUUGGGGUGGUCACCCCACUGGUAAGUUCCAGGUAUGCCCUGCACUUAGUAGUUACUGCUAGCAACUCUAACAGCUGGAUUCUCUCAACUAUCUACAACUCUAAUGUCAUCCAUAACCAACGUCUUCUCUGGAAGGAGCUCUCUGGUAUGAAUUCCUUAAAUUUACCUUGGGUUAUCAUGGGUGAUUUCAAUUCGAUUAUUUCAAAAGAGGAGCAUCGGGGUGGCUCUAAUUAUUACUAUAGUAGAAAGGCCUCUGUUUUUGCUGAAUUUAUUGCCUCUAAUAACUUGUUGGAUGUUAACUUUGUUGGUUCUUCUUAUACUUGGUGCAAUAAUCAACAGGGUCUUGCUAGGGGUUGGGCCCGAUUGGAUCUAUGCCUGGUGAAUCCGUUGUGGUCUAACAGUUUUGAUUCUUGUCUCGUUCGCCAUCUUCCUAGGUUCCUUUCGGAUCACUCGCCCCUUCUUAUGACUUUGGUUCCCAGGAAUGUUGGUAAAAAGAAAAUUUUUAGGUUUGAAAACUUCUGGUUGGAGUACUUGGGUUGUCAUGUGAGUGUUAGAAAGGCUUGGAAUUUUGUGCCUCAUUCUAAUCCUAUGCAGGGAGUAUCUCAUCUUCUAUCUCGUACCAGAGACUUUCUGUUGGAUUGGAAGAAUAAAGGUCUUCACCCAAUUGAGGUAGGUAUCGAGAAACUAGAGAAAUCCAUCAUGGAAGCUGAGGGUAAGGAUGGAUCAGAUCUUUGGAAUGAUCCGGACAGAAGGCAGGAACAUGAGAUUGCACCGGUCCUUCCGGAUGAUCUCCCAAAGAUAACUGAGAUUGAAGGCGAGGAACUGAUCAGAGAAGUAACAAAAAAAAAAGUGUUUGAGGCACUGCAAUCUUUACCGGCUGGUAAGAGCCCUGGUGCAGACGGUUUUAAAGUAGGGUUCUAUUGUUUUUACUGGACUGAGAUUGGAGAUGCUCUUUUCUCAGCUAUAAGAACUCCCUUUGAUAACAUUCUAACUCUUCAAGAAGUGGCCCAUUCUAUUGACAAUGAUGCUUCCCCCCUUAGGAUGUUGAUUAAGCUUGACAUUGCUAAGGCUUAUGAUACGCUGAGUUGGUCUGCAAUUCUUGCUACUUUGUUCAAAAUGGGGUUCCUUCGUAGAUGGAUUAGCUGGAUUAAGACGUGUAUUUGUAAUGUCUCUUAUGCCUUGUUGAUCAACAAAACUCAUACUUCUUGGUUUACUGCUAGUAGAGGCAUUAGACAGGGAGAUCCUCUUUCCCCCUACUUAUUUAUACUUGUUGCUCAAAACUUGACUACUAUGCUUAAUUAUGCUCUAAGUAUCAAUGCCUUCAACCACUUGAUGUAUGCGGAUAACAUUAUUCUUGUCUCGAAUGCUUCUAGAAAGUCUGCUAGGAACAUUAAGAGUUGUCUUGUUUUUUAUGGCAAUUUGACGGGGCAAAGAGUUAAUAAUUUGAAAUAA